AUGUUUCCAGCCAAUCUUCUGUCCCAGAGUCUCCCCAAUGUACCCUGCCGAAAAGCGCUGUUGAUCCUUGACCUCCAGAACGACUUCGUCAAGCCUGAUGGAGCCCUGUUUGUGCGCAAUGUGCCCGAAUUCCUCGAUACAGUCGCUGCGCUAGCCCAGCGCUUCCGUGAGACUGGUGAGGUUGUCUGGGUGCAGACUCAGUUCGAGCACCGCCGCCCUAUCUUCAGCCCCGAGAGUGGCGGGGAGGUGAUCGUCGUCGACAAGCUGCUUGCUUCGGGGAAUAAUAAUAAUGAUGAUAAUGAUAAUGAUAAUGAUAAUGAUAAUACUACCAGCAAGAGCGCCAAUGACAAGGACAAGGGCGCGAACAUUCGCAGCCAUCUGAGCAGUCACAGUGCGCGUCACCGCAGCGAGAAUACAGGCAAUACGAAUUCCAGCUCCAAUGGUGGGGCUAAGGAUGGAAGCGGGCGGCCCAACUCCUCCCAGCGAAGACAGAAGCGUAUCAGUGGUGGAGAAUCGCGCCGAGAACAAUUCUCUGUCUACUCAGAUGAUCCCGAGGCGUUUUUGUCCGUAUUGCCUAAGGGUGAUGGGCCGCGGCGCUGCUGCCUGCAGAAGACUGUCGGUUGCCAGUUCCCCGCGCCUAUCCUCUCAGCCAUCGACCACGAAAGAGAUACCAUUCUCGUGAAGUCUGACUACUCGGCAUUCCAAUCAGAAAGCUUGCUGCUCUCCUUCCGCACCCAGUUUGUCAGAGAACUCUACAUCUGCGGCUCGUUGUCGAACGUUUCUGUCUACGCUACUGCCUUGGAUGCUGUUUCCCAUGGCCUGGACGUUAUCCUAGUCGAAGACUGUCUUGGAUUCCGCAGCUUUGCCCGCCACGAAGAAGCUAUGAGACGCAUGGCGGAUAUGAUGGGCGCAAACGGCAUUACAAGCAAGGAGCUGGCGGAGGAACAGGACUGGGAGGAAGCCGCUGUCCCCAGCUCGGAGUGGCCUGAGCAAUCGGCUGCCUCCACUCCCGUUGGAAUCGAGGAUGAUAUGGGUGUUCUCGCUGUCAAAUCGCCGCCUAAACAACCCUCCCCGCAAAAAUCAGAUGAUGCGCCUCUUGAUGUUGAGGAUCAGGAGCCUGAAGGCGACGAGCUCGCCGAUGAUUUGCUGGGACCAUCUCUACGUAGUGCCGCACCGCAACCACGGGAAGCGCCACUGACGUCUGCUUCCGCUACCGCCACCACUCCCUCUAGUGACCUCAAGGGUAAAUCUAAUCGCGCGCGGAUGAGGAAACCUCGACGCACAGUUUCACGAGAUGACACAAGCCAAGCCGAGAGGACACAAUCCCAGAGACAAUCGGUGGACAUGCAGCAACCGUGUGGCGCGACCAGUGGAACCCGCCGUUCUAGGAAGAGCAAACACAAUCAAACCGACCUCGGCCCUGAUGAUAGUAUUGGGGAGGGCGACUCCCGAAUUAUCUACGAUCUAGCUCUACCUCCCAAGUCUUUCCAGCUGCUACGCGAGGAGGUCAACUGGCAAAAGAUGUAUCAUUUGUCAGGACAAGUCCCACGGUUAGUUGCCGUCCAGGGCGCAGUUCAGCCAGACAAUUCCGUACCUAUCUACCGUCACCCAGCAGACGAGUCCCCGCCGCUCUUCCCUUUCUCCAAAAUCGUGAAUAACGUGCGCCAUGUCGUUGAGAAACAUAUUGGCCACCCCCUAAACCAUGUUCUAAUCCAGCUGUAUCGGGAUGGUCAGGAUAGGAUAUCUGAGCAUUCCGACAAAACAUUGGAUAUUGUCCGGGGUUCAUAUAUCUGCAACGUCAGCUUUGGUGCGCAGAGGACAAUGACCUUACGAACUAAAUCAUUAGCUGCGAAAGCUGCUGCGUCAACUGGGGAUACAUCGGAUGCGGCAGAUGGCGGCGAUGAAGAAACUCCCAAAGAAAGCUCGACGGGACGCCAAACUCAGAGAAUCCCACUGCCACAUAAUUCUCUGUUCAUUCUCGGUGAGAAAACAAACAUGCGCUGGCUGCACGCCAUCCGUGCCGAUAAACGACCAGAGUCGGAAAAGUCACCUGAAGAGCUCGCUUAUGGCGGUCAGCGCAUCUCCCUUACGUUUCGCCACAUCGGUACCUUCAUCCAUCCAGAAUCAGACACCAUCUGGGGCCAGGGCGCCAUAUCCAAGACUAAACAAACAGCGGGCCAGGUCAUCCACGGCGACUGCACCGAAACAACACAGAUGAUCAGAGCCUUUGGUCAAGAAAACCAACAAUCCGACUUCAACUGGGAGGCCAAUUAUGGCCAAGGCUUCAACGUAGUCAACUUCGUCACAACCUCCGCUGGCAAAUUGAGACUGAGCGGCGACGAUGUCGCAGAUCUCCGUGUCCAGAUCUGCUUUGCGGAGUAUGGCGUGCGGUAUGACAUAGUCGCCAUCGAUGACUUCCCCGCUGCGCUGAAGGGCACGCUCUCCCUCCCGCACAAGAGUGGGAAUCUAGAGCCUCGCCCCGUGUACAUGGACGUGGACGGUUCCACAUGCUUCACGGGCGACGAUUGCAUACUCCUGCACGUCGCGAAGCAGAAGGGACUCAUUGAUCAUGAGCGAUCAUCGCAGCUACAGUCACAACCGCAAGCACAAUCCAAAGGUCCAAGUUCAAUCCCGCAUCAGCGGCGGCAGCAGCGAGCACAACCACAACAACCGACCCUCGCGUCCACACUGCACGAGACAGACGAUCUCCUCCGCUCCUGGCGCCGGUUCCAGAAACUAAAGACCCCGCACGGCGUACUACAGAAGAUGGAUGUGUUCGAGGCCAUGCUGCGUCGCAAGCCGUAUCUCGCUGGCCAGCUCUUUGGCAUCGAGGACUGUGCGCUGUGGCCCGUCGUGCGCGAUAUCAUUCGCGAGGUCGGCCAUCUGGACGAGAUGCGCUUUCCAUCCUUGAUAGUCUAUUAUAAUAAGGUUGGGAAGAGGGGAUGUGUGCGGACGGCGUUGGAGGAGUUGGAGGGUGCGGCGGAGGCGCGGGGGUAA